AUGGCUUUCUUGACAGGGUCGCCUUCUCAGAUCUGGGCAAUUUCUCCAGGGCUGGCGCCAUGGAAACCGUUUGCUGAUUACGCCGGCAAUAUGGAACCAGUCGUAUUCAGCGACUCUCCGCUCGCAGAAUAUUUAGAAGGAGAGGGUGAAGACACCGUUCGUCAGGAACCUCAAGAUAAAUCAACGAUUACGGCCGACUCUUUUGCACCUCGUGGCACGUCAAAUAUUCAAUCAUCAUUUCGAAAGAAAUUUUUGGAAUCCAGUGCUCUACGGGUAACAUCAAAUGACACCGUUGCCAGGCUCAGGACCUCUUGUUCAUAUGCCGUCAGCUCUACCUUGAGCCGACAUGAAAAUUCGCGCUUUUUGGAGAGAUUUCGAUACAUCAUAGUCGCAUCGCAACUCCUGAAUGAAAAUGUUAAACCAGCAUACAACCUCUCUACCCUGAAGGACAGAUCGUCCCAAAAUCGGAACAUUUCUGCUAGCGGGGAAAAGGCUUCCUCCAAUUUGACGGGUGUUCUUAUCACCGCUAUUACUGCCUUUUCGUUGGUCUUGUUUCUGCACCAGACGCUUGGCGGCAGAAAAGUUUCUUGGAGCAAAGGACCGCUUGCCGUGACCACCAUACUGAUUGGCCUACUCACGUUCCUUGCAUAUGCCUACUUGGCCCGCCAGUGGCUGCAGUAUUUACGUACGCGAGCUCUCAAUUCUGCUUCUGACUAUGUGGAUCGCUCGCAAGAAUUUGAUGCUGCAGGUGCUACUGCGAUCAAUUUGAUUCAAGAGGUGGAGCUCGUGUCUCGAGGGUAUAGAAUAAGCUCGCCACUGCCCCCUGUAUCUCGGCUCGAAGAAAAGUCCCAGACCCGCCGAUGUGCUCGUCUCCGUCGUACCCUAAACGCUUGUGUUUCCGCAAUGAUGCCACCUCAUCUCGAAGCCUUUCACACGUUGGAAGCGAUGACAGACAUCAUAGACCUCGAGAAAUACUAUGAUAUUUAUGAUAUAAGCUCUGUUGAUUUGGAGGAGCUGGCGGCCGGGUUGUCGGAACAACAAAUUGACGAUCCGGAGUCGCUAAGAACCAUCAAGACUUUAUUUUUCCGUAUCUAUACAAUUAGGAAAGUUUUCCUAUGUUGCCUUUUGGCCUUGCGCACAGACGGCACCAAAUCAGAUCUUCCCCGGUGGGAAAAGGCCGUGACAGAAAUGGAGCGACUGACCCUUAUCACCGAGGAAUCAAGUGAUAACAUCAGGAGAAUUCUCGCAGAAGACGAAUCCUUUUUUAUUCCUGCAACUCCCAAGGUUCCUUUCACACCAGAACGAGAAAAAGUGAGGGUGCAGUUGCGGAAGCUCGGCUCUCUUUCACAAGGUAUCCGGGGUCUCCAAGCGAAAAUGCAGGUUCUGCGUGAAGAGAGUGAUCGGAGCUUAAAUGAAUCAGAGGACGUGACAGAGCUGGGCGGUCGACUCAUGAGCCAGUAUGAGUCGAUUGGGGCCGACCUUCGUGCCUUGAUGGAGGAAUGGGAAAAUGGAAAGACAGCACUGGCGCUAAACAUUGAUCGGAACGAAAGACGAAUAUCAAUGGCUUCGAAUGGCGUGAGAUCGCCCGUGCCUAGCCUUGGAGGUGUUACUGCUGUGGAAGGGAGCCCGGCUGACGCGCUUCGUGCGCUCAAUGGCGAUGACAUUCCGUCGCGCUCUGUCUCGGACACUUACAGCUCCGAUGAGGAGAUAUUCGAGGCUAUAGCGAUGCCACGACAAAGGAGCAGCCUGACUCGCGAUCAACGUAUUGCAAAAAUGAAAGAAGAGCGCGUUCGACAAUCAUCUGUCCGUGAAAAGGCCGAAGCGAAUACUCGGAUGCUCCGUGAACUGGAAACGCCAGUUGCGAAAACUGCAGAUCGGGGAUUAAGCUUUGUCAAUUUCGGGGCUCUUCUCAAUUUGUCCCUCUUUGUCGCAAUAAGUGAAUCAAAAGCCAACCUUUUGAAAAAGGUGGUCGAUGCCAUUAAAGACCUCGUCCAAGACUGCAACUUCGAUUGCAAUGACUCUGGAAUCGCAUUGCAGGCUAUGGACAACUCCCACGUCGCGCUGGUCUCGAUGAUGCUCAAGGCAGAGAGCUUCUCCCCAUUCCGCUGCGACCGAAACAUUGCCCUCGGUAUCAACCUGACCUCCCUUACCAAGGUGCUCCGAUGCGCCCAGAAUGAAGACAUCUUGACCCUCAAAGCCGAGGAUGCUCCUGAUGUUGUCAACCUUGUCUUCGAGAGCAGCGAGAGCGACAGGAUCAGCGAGUAUGACAUAAAGUUGAUGGACAUUGACCAGGAGCACCUGGGCAUUCCUGAGACUGAAUAUGCCGCUACUAUUUCCAUGCCUUCUGUCGAGUUCCAGAGAAUUUGCAGGGAUUUGAUGGCGCUGUCCGAAUCUGUUUCGAUCGAAGCCACCAAGGAGGGAGUCAAGUUUGCCUGCACUGGCGACAUCGGCAGUGGAUCCGUGACGCUUCGCAGCCACAGCAACGUCGACAACCCUGACCUGAACGUUAACAUUGAUCUUUCAGAGCCAGUCGCUCUUACAUUUUCGCUCAAGUACCUCGUGAACUUCUGCAAGGCAAGCGGCCUGUCUGGCACCGUGAAGCUCUGCCUCUCAAACGAAGUCCCACUGCUGGUUGAAUAUGCUCUGGCCGGAAGCAGCUACUUGCGCUUCUACCUUGCACCCAAGAUUGGUGAUGAGGAGUAA